AUGGACUCCGACGCAAGCCCGACUGAUUCGCUUGUGAUGGCCGUGUACAAUCUGUCAUACCAAGGAACAGACUGGGAUAGGCGGGAGUUUCCCGCGAGCCACGCUCCCCCGCCAACGUUGAAGGGACGUUUCCUCGCCCGUUACGGUAGGAAAGUGCCCCAUACUGAACACAUCCGUGCCAUGAACCUUCUCAUUCAAGCCAAGGGCGGCUUAGAAGAGGUCAAACUCAUUGGGAUUGCCGAAAUGAUAUGGCUAUGGAGCCUGAACAACUGCACAACUCUAAUACAACCGCCCAGUUUCCCACUUCUGAAAACAUACGAGACACUUCUCAUCGACUACACUAAUACCGUCAACCUAUCGGUUCGCACCGGCACCUUUGGGAGUCUAGGAAGUGGAUUCCUAGUGCUCCCGACACAUGACGACGUUGGCCAACUCCGAGAGCUUUUGCUUUGCGCAGCCGCCGUCACUGUCGAACUUUCCCAACUGGCGCCGGGCCACGAGAGUACGCGAGAGUGGCGUCAACUCCUGAAAGUCGCUAGAGCAACGCACCACCAGAUCCUGAACGUGCCCCAAGACAUUCCGAUGUCAGUCGCCGGGAGCGAAGAAGAGAGGCUGAUUUUCUCCAUCUCGCGCCUCGGGGCGCUUCUCUACGACGACAUGGUGAUUUACCCUCAAAGGGACACCUCCGAAAUCAAGCCUCGAUUGGCCAAUCUACUGCGGCGCACUCUGACUGAGAAGUUUCUCAAGUUCAUCCCCGGGGGAGGCCGCGAGGAGUACCGACCACUAAUCCUUUGGACGCUUGUGCUGGGAUGCAUCGGGGCGACGUUCACCGCAGAUCGCCAGUGGUUCGUGGCGCAGCUUCAUGAACGGUCUACGCAGCUUGGGUUAGGGAAGUUCUCCGACUUCAAGUCCACGAUGUCAAAUUAUUUGUGGUUCGAGAAUAUGGAUGAACCUGCGUGGAGGGCGUGGUCUGAAGGCGAAGAUGCGAUCCAUGUCGAAGACCAGGACAAACAAGAGCAUGAGCGCGAGGACGGGGAUGACGACAAGGACUCCAAGGGUCCAGGGGCUGGCUUUGUUUGA